CUCAGACAUUCUCUACUUCUCUCUCUCAGAUCAUUUAAUUUAAUUAUAUUUUUUAUUAAUUUAAUGGCUUCCAUGAAUUCUUCUUUCUUUUUAUUCUAUCAGUACUCCUGCUGCUACUUCUUCAUUCUAAUUUCAGUAUUGUCACAUGCACCAUUUCAGGUUACCAGCUCUCAUCAAUGGGUGGGGCCUGUCGGCCUCCGCGUACUUACGGUUGACACUACAGGUUCCGGCAAUUUCCAGUCAGUCCAAGCUGCCGUAGAUGCUGUCCCGGAAAACAAUAUGGAGAAUGUGGUCAUACAAAUUAGCGCUGGAUAUUACAUAGAGAAGGUGGUGGUGCCUGUGACCAAACCCUAUAUAACGUUUCAAGGUGAAGGUAGAGAGGUGACGGUGAUCGAAUGGCAUGACCGAGCACGUGACCGUGGGGCUAAUGGUCAACAGCUUCGUACUUACAGAACAGCUUCUGUUUCUGUCUUCGCUAAUUACUUCUCUGCUAGAAAUAUCAGCUUCAAAAAUACAGCGCCGGCACCAAUGCCGGGAAUGCAAGGAUGGCAAGCAGUAGCAUUUCGCAUAUCCGGCGACAAAGCCUAUUUUUCUGGAUGUGGGUUCUACGGCGCGCAAGACACUCUUUGUGAUGAUGCUGGUAGGCAUUACUUCAAGGAUUGUUACAUUGAAGGCUCCAUAGACUUCAUUUUUGGAAACGGCAGAUCCAUGUACAAAGACUGCGAAUUACACUCGAUUGCGACCAGAUUCGGGUCCAUCGCAGCCCAUUUUAGAAAUACACUGGACGAGAAAACGGGCUUUGCUUUUCUGGACUGCAAAGUCACCGGUAAUGGCCCAAUUUUAGUGGGCCGGGCUAUGGGAAAGUACGCGAGGAUUGUAUACUCCUACACAUACUUCGAUGACGUGGUGGCACAUGCUGUCUGGGAUGGCUUGGAUCAAACUACCAACAAUAACAGGACGGCUUUCUUUGGAGUGUACAAAUGUUGGGGGCCUGGAGCUCCAACAUUGCAGGGAGUGUCAUGGGCACGAGAGUUGGACUAUGACUCGGCCCAUAAGUUCCUUGCCAAGAGUUUUGUCAAUGGCAGACACUGGAUCGCACCAUCUGAUGCUUAGCCAUCAACACAAACCUCAUUCUUUUCUUUCCCUUCCCUUCAAAAUAUUCAUUUCAUUCAUUUGUAAUAAUCAAUAGAUGGAGAAUAUAUAGAAGAACUAUUCAGUA